UUCGACGAAAGUGAAGGCGAAACUCAAGAGAGAGAGAGAGAGAGGAGAGAGAGAGGAACAGAUUCAUUUCAUCCAUUCGUCUUCGUCUCUCCAUUUCCAUUUUGAUAUCUUCAACGCUUCUCUCUGCUUGCCGUUUUCUGUGUUCUUCGCUUGGUUCUUCUUUCUUCAGGUUUUCUUUUGUGUUUCCCUUCCUCCCAAAGCUUCGGUUUUUAGCUUUUUUGCAACUGGAUUGUUUACAAAUUUUAUAAUUAGAUUUUAUCGAUAUAAAUUUUCUCUGUACCUGAAGCUUCUGGUACUCCUUUUGAAUUUUAUUCCUUUUCUUUGGUGGAAUUUCGAAAGUUGGUGGUGUUUUGUUAUCUGGGUAUUAAUUUGGAUUAAAGGGUUUGAAGGGUUUUACUGUUCUUGGCUGAAAACGGAAUUUUAGUGGUGGAAUUCUGCUGUUAGAUAAUUAAAUUUUUAUUUUUUCUGGUUGUGCAUACUAAUUUGCUCCUCUCAUACUAAUUAUAGACUUUUGUUGCCAAAAAAUACGCAAUUUUGUCCAUGGAGACAAAUUGAUGUGUGAAUCGAGGAGAUAAUUGAGGCAAUUGCAAUUGCACGGUGAUUCCGAAACCUUAAUUGGUAAAUUGAUUGCUGGUUCAAUUCAGCGAAGGUAUUGAAAAUUUGUAAAUCUCUACCUGAAAGAGGGAUACUUUCCUCGAAUUUGGCUUAAACUGUAGUGGCGGCUGUUCCAAUUUGGCAUAAAAUGGUGGAUUCAAUCGCAACGACUUCCCUUCUUGCCCACCGGCCUGUGUCUCGAGGAUCUCCUUUCAAGGAUGGUUCGCACAGGCGAAGAAUGUUUGACUUUUGCCAGCUCCCUUGUGUAGAUUUCUUGGGUCGACGGAUUACUUUCCCUUCUUCAUCCUCAACAACCUCCGGAGGUGUUCGGAUGGUGUCUCCGAUCAAGGCCCUUGCAAUGGAACUCACAAAAGAGGCUUAUUCGCAUUCACCAAGGGAAGAGAGGACCUCGCGGGAUUUGAAUUACUGGACUGAUAAGAGCACACAACAGAAACCAGGUUUGUGGCCACCCCCAAAUAAGGCAGAUAAUCCUUCAAUACACAACCCAUUGCUACGGCAGGAAAGAAUGGGUUGUGGGUGGUUGGGUGCAAUCUUUGAAUGGGAAGGAGUAAUUAUUGAAGAUAAUACUGAUCUUGAGAAGCAGGCAUGGUUGGUUCUGUCUCAAGAAGAAGGGAAUUCCCCACCCCCAGCUUUCAUACUUAAAAGAAUUGAAGGAAUGAAGAACGAACAAGCAAUCUCUGAAGUUCUCUGCUGGUCAAGAGACCCGGGGCAGCUGAGAAGAAUGGCUUCAAGAAAGGAAGAGAUAUAUCAAGGCUUGCAAGGUGGGAUUUAUAGAUUGCGAACAGGGUCACAAGAAUUUGUUAAUGCUCUGAUGAACUACAAGAUUCCAAUGGCCUUGGUUUCAACCCGUCCGAGGAAAACUCUUGAGAUUGCAAUUGGAGCUAUUGGAAUUGAAGGUUCCUUCAGUGUGAUUAUCGCGGCAGAGGAUGUUCACAGGGGAAAGCCAGACCCUGAGAUGUUUGUUUAUGCUGCUCAGCUUCUCAAUUUCAUACCAGAGCGGUGCAUCAUAUUUGGGAACUCUAAUUCGACUGUGGAGGCUGCCCAUGAUGCCCACAUGAAGUGUGUGGCAGUUGCAAGCAAGCACCCGGUGUAUGAACUUGGAGCUGCGGACUUGGUGGUGAGGUGUCUCGAUGAGCUCUCCAUGGUUGACCUGAAGAACCUGGCCGAUAUUGAAUUGACAGAAUUUGGGUCUAGAGAACCAGAGAUGGAGGUGGAAGAAGAUGAUGAUACAUAUCCACCUACAUCCGUGGCAACCAAUGAUUUCUGGUAAGGCAUGAAGAAGAAAAUGUACAGAUAGUUCUUUGUUCUAUAUCUGAUUUAUUUGCCUCUUUUUUUCUGUUUUCUGUAGUGAUCAUGAUUAGGCGUUUAGUCUCCCUUUGCCUUGUAUAUUGGAUGUAUUGUGUAUUAACAAAAGUGGGGAGGGAAAGAAAAGGGGAAAGGGGGAAGCAGUGGGUGGUCUACCCAUUUAUCCUGUAUCUACCAUAUAUGCUAUAUCUCUGAUUGGCACAUAACUCUGUUUCCUUACUGACAAAUUUUUUUUUUUUCCCCUUUUUUCGGGUGGCUAAUUGCAGUAGGAAAAUGUAAGCUCUCACUUAUUUGUAGGAUUAUUUGUCCCAGGGUUAAGUCUUAUUCAGAGCGCUUUGUGUGAAAUUAUAUUGUAUCUACCUUAAGUCCUUAACAAUAAAAUUGUUGUGACUUUUUUUUCCCC